AUGAGCGCCACCGCACCCACCCGUCUUCGCUACCGCAGAACUCCUUCCUCCGACAGGUUUCUUGACGUCUUCUCCCAUCCCCUACCACGCUCCUCCCUUCCUGGACCUACCAAUCCCGAGGCCGGCGACGAGCUCCACGAAGACGAAAUCUUCUGGAUCGGAGGCUUUGAUGACCCUCCCAACACUGCCCCUGCUCGGAACCCCCUCUCCAGGCGCUGCGGCGCCCAGGGGACCUCUGGCAUCCUUGCAGCAUUGCCGGAAUCGGAACGGAGCCUAGGUGCCUAUGGCCGUCCGAUGUUCAACCAGAAGGCGUCGUCUUCCCGGAUGAUUCCGGCGAUUCCGAAGCCGACAGUGGAGCGCCAUGUGCCAGUAUCCGCGAAGUAUCACCAGUCAGCGCCAGUGAACGUUCCGGUGCUGUCGAAGGCGGUGCGAAGGGCGCACGAGAUCAACGCUGACGACAUCGAUGAUGGAGCGGAGGGGGAGAUGUUGCCGCCGCACGAGAUCGUGGCGAGGGGCUCUGAGCACUCGCCAGGACUGUCCUGCUCGGUUCUUGAAGGCGUGGGGAGGACGUUGAAGGGGAGAGAUCUGCGUCAGGUUCGCAAUGCGGUGUGGCGGCAAACAGGUUUUCUUGAUUGA